AUGAGCCAAAUUCCAGUCGUUGACUUUGCCCCCUUUCAUGACGGAAGCGCAGAGGAGGCAAAAGCCACAGCCCAAAAGAUCUUCGAAGCCUUUCGGGAUGUCGGUUUUGUCUACCUGAAGAAUCACGGCGUCCCUCAGGAGGUUGUCGACGAGGCAUUUUCCUGGAGCCAAAGACUCUUCGAGCUCCCUCAGUCCGAGAAGGACAGGGCGCCGCACCCGCCUGAGGGCUGGUGGCAUCGAGGCUACUCCGGCAUAGGCCGUGAAAAAGUGACGCAGAUGGUGUUCGACAGAGAGACCGUCGGCGAGCUCCGCAAGAUUCCCGACGUCAAGGAGUCGUUCGAGAUGGGACGAGAAGACGAUGAGAUAACUCCCAACAUCUGGCUGCCAGAGUCUACCAUCCCUGGUUUCCGUGCGUUCUUCAACGACUUCUUCCAGAUCAACCAUGGCGUCGGUCAGGAUAUCCUGCGCGCCGUAGCAAUAGGCAUGGACCUGGACGAGCACUUCUUCGAAUCCUACCAUACAAUGAAGGAUAACCAGACCAGACUGCUUCACUAUCCGCCAGUGGAGGAGGAGCUGCUCCGUAAAGGUGAAAAGGAGCGCAUCGCCGCCCAUACUGACUUUGGUACGAUGACGCUACUCUUCCAGGACGAUGUUGGUGGGCUGGAGGUUGAAGAUAUUCAUAAGCAGGGCGUGUUCAACUCGGUGCCAUACAUUCCUGGCACCAUGGUGGUGAACAUUGGUGAUUUCUUGAUGAGAUGGAGCAAUGAUACGCUUCGGUCGACAAUGCACCGUGUCAGAGCUCCGCCAGUGGGGAGUGAGAAGACUGAUGGCUCUGGUCGGAGGAUGAGUAGGGCCAGAUAUUCGAUCCCGUACUUUAUUGCAGCGAACAAGGACAAGGUGAUUGAUUGUCUGCCUGGCUGUUAUGGUCCGGAUAGGCCAAAGAAGUAUGAGCCUAUCACUUCUGAGGACUAUGUCGCCAUGAGACUGAAUGCCAUCUCUUAG